AUGCCUGUAAUUGUACUUGAAGCCAGAGAAUUUGCCAGUCCUCUUUUUUUGGUGCGAUCAUGGGAAGUGUUAUCCAGCUGUACAACAUUCAGUCUGGUGACAGUGCUGGAAUCAGCAGAGUUAACCAAGAAUCUAUUGCUUCUGGAACACCUUCAAGCCAUCAAGAUCUUAUGUAUUUCAACCUGGUGCUUCUUCUUCAUAUUGACCCUUUUGAUCCAUAUUCUCAGCACUAUCCAGUUUCACAGCCUCCUUCCGCUGUCAUGGAAAAACCUGACUGUGACUGUGGCAGUUUUGGGGUCACUAAUGUGUCUUACUGCCUCCAUAUAUUUUCAAUGGCUCAUCAUGGAUCGACAGCAGGCCUGGCCACGUCCUGUAACGGCUGCCGUGACAUCUGGCCUUACUUUCCUUGCCUACUCCUUGGAAUCAUUCAUCUUAUGCUCCCAGGUCCAGGAGCAAAGAGGUUUCAUGGGCAGUAUACUUGGUUUUCUCAAGAUUGUGCAACUGUGGGGGGGCCUUCAGAUGAUUCCGCUUUUUGUGGAAGCGAGUCAUGGUCUGCUCAAUGGAUUACAUCAUUGGCAACUGUGGGUGUCUGGAAUGUCAUAUUGCGUCUGUAUCAUCAUGUCUUUUGUCACACUGGUGGUAAUAUUGGGUGACUUUGCAGGACAAUUUUUUCUCCCUUUUGAUAGAUUAAUGGUUGUCUUCACUGUAACGGGACUAUUGCUAUACAUAGUAAAUACAGUGAUUUGUUUUAGCAGGAUAAUACAGCUAGGAAACAGUGCAAGCAAAGGUUCAGAGCUGGUCAUAAUGGAAACAGUGGUUGCUUGUAUCACACUGUUGUCGUAUACCGUGGAUCUUACAUUCUCCAUCAAACUCUUGUGGGACAGGAGUCGUACAUGA